AUGGAGACCACCAACAGCUACGUGUCAAUCCAUGGGAAGAACAUAUCCCACAGUACUCUAGCUUCUUCUGCUGCUGCCCACAUGUCCAUUGACAAGCUUUUCCCUGCCCUUCUUGAGUGCUUUGGCAUCAUACUGUGUGGCUAUAUAGCUGGCAGGGCAGAUAUCAUUACAGCCAGCCAGGCAAAGGGUCUGGGGAACUUUGUGUCGAAGUUUGCCCUACCAGCUCUGCUUUUUAAAAACAUGGUACUUCUGGACUUUGGAGAUGUCAUCUGGGCUUUUCUGUGGAGUGUAUUAGUAGCUAAGGUGACAGUGUUUGUGUUGGUGUGUGUGCUCACACUAAUAGUUGCCAGCCCAGACAGCAGAUACAGUAAGGCUGGCCUGUAUGCUAUCUUUGCUACGCAGAGCAACGACUUUGCCUUGGGAUACCCUAUAGUUGAUGCUUUGUAUAGGACCACAAAUCCAGAGUAUCUCCAGUAUAUUUAUCUAGUAGCUCCAGUCUCUCUUAUGUUCCUCAAUCCUAUUGGCUUCGCUCUGUGUGAGGUCCAGAGGUGGAGGCAGGCCAGCCAACCACAGCACAGUACGUUUGGCAUCCUGGGAGUUGUAAUCUUACAGGUGUUGAAGAACCCUAUAGUCUUUAUGGUGAUGGUGGGGAUUGUCGGCCACUUUGCCCUUGGCCAGCGAAUUCCUGAUGUGCUGUCCGAGUUCAUAGAUGGCCUGGCUAACUCAUUCGGUGGAGCAGCUUUGUUCUACCUUGGCCUCACUAUGGUGGGUCAGCUCAGAAAGCUAAACAGAGACACUGGUGUGGCUCUCAUACUGCUUGUCACAGCCAAACUCUUGGUGAUGCCAUUGGUCUGUAAGGACAUGGUGGAUAUAUUGGACAUAGGCGUGAACAGUACCAGUGCCAACCACACCAGUUUGUCGAACUUUGCUUUCCUGUAUGGAGUUUUCCCAACCGCUCCCAGUGUGGCCAUAUAUGCAACACAAUAUAAUAUGGAGCUGGAGGUGGUAACAUCAGGGAUGGUGAUCUGUACAUUUCUAUCAGCACCAAUCAUGUAUGUGUCAGCAUGGUUACUUACAAUCCCUCUGAUGGACCCCACUCCCCUGGUGACAGAGUUGCAGAAUGUUAGCUUUAAUAUCAGCAUCGUUAGCCUCAUAGCACUGGUGUGGACCAUAGCAGUGAUGCUGCUCAGUAAGAAGUUUAACAGACUCCCUCAUCUGUUUGCCUUGAACCUCUUCCUGGCUCAGUUUCUGGUGUGUGUGAGUAUGAUACUGUGGAACUUUGUGGUGAAGCAGGACAAUCUGCUGGGCCGAGUUCUCACCUUUACCCUGCUCUACGGAUCUCUAUACAGCACAUACAUAUGGACAGGGUUGAUUUCCCUCUGUUUGGCCCUGACCAACAGAGAUGACCUGCUGAGGCUGAGGCCAGGAGUCUUCAUGCUGGUGGGCUGGGGGGUUCCAUUUGUGAUGGUAGGAGGUCUUCUGAUUGUAGGAGAGAGGACAACCAACACUGUAGACUCUGCCUUCUUCUAUGGCAGGGCUCAGAUAAUAAGCACAUCAGUGGUGUUGGCAGUUAGCUUGGUACUUGGUGCCAUAUCAUUGAUGGGUCUUAGCCAGGGAGUCAGGGAGCAGAGACACUACCAAGCCCUGGAUAGAACCUCUGUAACAGGCCUCACUGAGGAGCUUAGGACCCCUUGUGGCCUGGAUGAUCAUCAACAAACUCAGCAGCAACAGAUGGGAAAUUCAUCUGAUGGCAGCUUCAACUCUGAUCUCCAUAGCUGCUCUCCUCUACAGACCAUACCUGACAUGAUAGCCAGCACACAGAGAGACCAUGCACACAGUUCAGGCCACACUGAGGUGCUGUGUGAUGGCCAGCAACAGAAUUCUACCUCCCCAGACCAGCCCCUGAACCUUCCCCAGCCAGGCCUUCAGGCCGAAGAUGACAGACAGACAGUUAGACAUGUGCUGCUGUGUCUGUUGCUAAUCGUUAGCCUACUUGCGAACCUAUCCAGUUGUCUCUGGUGGUUAUUCAACAGCGAUCCAGGGAGACUUUACCUUGAGCUGCAGUUUUUCUGUGCUGUGGCCAACUAUGGACAGGGCUUCAUCUCCUUUGGAGUUUUUGGUCUGGACAGACAUCUCAUCAUCCUACCUUUCAAGAAUAGGUUGCUCAGCCUGUGGCAGGGCAGGAAUGGGGAAGAGUUGAGCCCCUCUGUGGUACCAGAGGAAGUCAGACUUACCUGCACCCAGUUUGUCCGCUACCACAAAGAGCAGUGUGUCCAAGACAUAGUGCACACACACAGUGGCUCAGGGGAGAGUGUGAGCACUCCAACAGGUGAAUCCUUCCUCUGAUAAUAACAGGUGUGGAGGAAACGGGUGUGGAGG